ACAUUCACUCAUUUGUUCUCUCAUCCACUCCCUCACUCUCUCACUCCCUCACUCUCUCAUACACACACUCGCACAGAGAAGCCAUUAUGUCUGGACGCGCUGGAGGAAAAGCAAAGCCCCUCAAGGCACCCAAGAAGAAGGCUGUUGACCUGGACGAGGAAGACCUCGCCUACAAGGCCAAGCAGAAGGAAGAGCAGGCUAAGCUGAAAGAGAUGCAGCAAAAGGCCGCUGGAAAGGGACCCCUCGUUGGUGGCGGCAUCAAGAAGAGUGGCAAGAAGUAGCGAAGGAAGAUGGAACGCGAUAGAGGAAUAAUAAAAGUCAGGAACGCAGUUCAGAACAUUCCUUGUAAAGAAAUUGAAUUCAAAAACGACCCACGGCGCAGCAGAGCAUGGAUAGUUCUGAGGAUCGAGAAGGAAUGAUGAUGCUACAAUGAACCGGAAAUUCGGGAAUUGACAGGAUUGUUGCAUGUGCCUCUGGAGCGAGAUGCUGUCGCAUUUUAAGAUUGCAUGCUUUUGCGCAUCAACUGCUCCUGCGAGAGAUGCAGGGAGGAGAGAAAGAAAGAAAGAAAGAAAGAAAGAAAGAGGGGCUUUGAGGAAAUGAUGGAGCUGAUGAGGAAGAG